UCUCUGUUGUUCCUUAGAAAAAUCAACAGGUUCUACACUUGAAUUUCUUAGCUUAGAUUCAUUCUCCAAUGGCUCUCGCCGUUACUACCACUUCUUCGUCUUCUGCAGCAACAUCAUGUUCCUUCUUCUCGCGUCUCGGAUCUUCGUCGGAGACAAAAGCUCCACAAAUUGGUUCGUUUCGGAUUUCGGAGAGACCUCAUGUUUCGUCUGUUGUUGUUAAUUUAACUCAAAGGCUAUCAUCCGUGAGGCCACUGAACGCGGAACCUCAACGCAAGGAUUCUGUUGUUCCUCGUGCAACAACUAUCGUUGCUCCUGAGGUUACCGAGAAGGAGGAGGAAGAUUAUGGGCAAUUGGCGAAAGACCUUGAAAAUGCUUCUCCUCUCGAAAUAAUUGAUAGGGCCCUGGAAAAUUUCGGCAACGACAUCGCUAUUGCCUUCAGUGGUGCUGAAGAUGUUGCUUUAAUUGAGUAUGCACAUUUGACUGGUCGACCCUACAGGGUGUUCAGUCUGGACACUGGGAGACUGAAUCCAGAAACUUACAAGUUUUUUGACGCAGUUGAGAAGCAUUAUGGAAUUCACAUUGAAUACAUGUUCCCUGAUUCAGUUGAGGUUCAGGCAUUAGUUAGAACUAAGGGCCUCUUCUCAUUUUACGAGGAUGGGCAUCAAGAAUGCUGCCGAGUAAGGAAGGUGAGGCCUUUAAGGAGAGCCCUUAAGGGUCUGAGAGCAUGGAUAACUGGACAGAGAAAAGAUCAGUCACCUGGUACUAGGUCUGAAAUACCCGUUGUCCAGGUUGAUCCAGUUUUUGAGGGAAUGAAUGGUGGAAUUGGUAGCCUGGUAAAGUGGAACCCUGUUGCAAAUGUGAACGGGCUUGACAUAUGGAACUUCCUUAGGACCAUGAAUGUACCUGUUAAUUCAUUGCAUUCCCAAGGGUACGUUUCCAUUGGCUGUGAACCAUGCACAAGGCCGGUUUUACCUGGACAGCAUGAAAGAGAAGGAAGAUGGUGGUGGGAGGAUGCCAAAGCUAAGGAGUGUGGUCUUCACAAAGGUAAUAUAAAACAGGAGGAUGCUGCCCAGCUUAAUGGAAACGGAACAGUCCAUACAAAUGGCUCUGCCAUUGUCACUGACAUUUUCAACUCCCAGAAUGUGGUCAGUUUGAGCAGGACGGGAAUUGAGAAUUUGGCAAAAUUGGAGGACCGAAAAGAACCAUGGCUUGUCGUGCUCUAUGCACCAUGGUGCCGCUUCUGUCAGGCUAUGGAGGAAUCAUAUGUUGAUUUGGCAGAGAAGUUAGCAGGGUCAGGAGUGAAGGUUGGGAAAUUCAGAGCUGAUGGAGAUCAGAAAGAAUAUGCAAAGAGUGAACUGGAGCUGGGAAGCUUCCCCACAAUACUUCUCUUCCCUAAACACUCUUCUCGCCCAAUUAAGUAUCCUUCGGAAAAGAGAGAGGUCGAUUCAUUGAUGGCAUUCGUGAAUGCCUUGCGGUGAUGGUCAACUGAGCAUUUUGCUCAAUGAUCCGUCGUAUAAUAUCGGCAAUAAAAUAAUUCAGAUUUUGGCAAUUCACUGAAAGUGGGAAUGGCAGUUUUGACAGCAAAACGAAGAUUCUCAGCUUGUAGUAUCAUUGUAUAUUUUUAGAUGACCUUCUUCACAAGUAUAAUUGUACUAGUCAUUCUGUGAGGAGGAUUUGAUUUUCUGUAUUGUUAGAUGGGUAGAUUUGUGGCUGGAUUAUGAGGUCUCUUCACUAUCAGAUUACAGUUUCUUAGAUUUACCAAAUUUCCAUGACCGAUCGAAUACCAAAUAACUGCCUUUCAGGGCUGCAUGCAGUUCAGCAUAUGUCCUUCGAUAAAUAAUAUCCAUAUUGAUUAUGUUUUCGAUGGAUUGGUUUUGUUAAAAUUUCUAGCCAACUGGAACUAGGACCAAUUUGGCUUUGAUCGUUGGUAUCAUAUGUUUCUUCCCUG